AUGUCGCCAAGAAAUGUUCUCUUGCUCGUCGCAGACGACUUGGGCAAACAGCUCGGCUGCUACGGCUGUACUUACAUUAAAACACCAAACAUCGAUAAACUCGCCGCCGAAGGCACCAGAUUCGACAAUGCUUUUGCAAGCACCGCAUCCUGCAGUGGAAGUCGCUCAACCAUUUACACCGGCCUUCACACUCACCAGAAUGGCCAGUACGGACUCAACAGUGGAAAGCAUCACUUCAUGACGUUUGAUCACAUCGUGUCCGGUCCUGCUCUGCUCGCCAAGAACGGGGUUCGUACCGGAAUUAUCGGGAAGGUCCAUGUCGGGCCUGAUGCCGUAUAUCCCUGGGAAUGGCGGGCCGAGAGCUUGACGCGAGAUGUAUGGUGGUCCUCUCAGCGUGCGGCAGAGUUCUUCAGUGCCUCCAAGGAGGAUGGUCGGCCAUUUGUACUCACAGUUGGAUACCAUGAUCCUCACCGCGACCGCACGCGUGGAGGUUUCGGCAAUAAUGAACCUGUCGACGAAAGAAUCAAGAGUAUUACGUACAGACCGGAGGACAUGAUCGUUCCUAGAUUUCUGUCUGAUACUCCCGGUGUGCGACAGGAGCUUGCGAGUUAUGCAGAAGCCAUCAGCCGUCUUGACCAAGGCGUUGGCAUGAUUCUUCACGAGCUAGAAGAAUCUGGCUAUGCGAAGGACACCUUGGUCAUUUUUAUGAGCGACAAUGGCCCUCCUUUCUUGAACUCCAAGACUACAUUGUAUGACGCUGGUAUUCGGCUCCCUCUCAUUGCUCGACUUCCAGGUUCAGCUUCAUCCGUCAACCCGAAUCUUGUAUCUUAUGUAGACGUUCUGCCUACAAUCUUGGACUGGAUCUUAGGCGAUGCCUCAGGCGAAGCCAAGUCACAGCUUGCCGGUCGCUCAUUCUUCGACAUCGUCAACGAGAACCACGAUCUCGCCGACUGGGAUCAUGUCUUUGGCUCUCACACAUUCCAUGAGUCCACCAACUAUUGGCCAACACGUUACAUCAGAACCAGGCGUUACAAGUAUCACCGCAAUAUUGCCUGGAGGCUUGACUUUCCCUUCGCCAACGACAUUUACGGCUCGCUGACAUGGGAAGAUAUUCGAAAUGCGGAUCAGAAUCCAAAAAUGAUCGGCGAGAGACAACUCAAGGACUACUUCUUCCGCCCUGCAGAAGAAUUGUAUGAUUUGGUGAAUGAUCCCAACGAAGUCAAGAACUUGGCAAAGGACCUGGACUAUCAAGAUGUGCUGAAGGAGCUACAAACGAGAUUGGAAGACUGGCAGAGGAGGACGAACGACCCUUGGUUAUUUCGAGACGGUAUAUCGGUUCUCCUUAACAAGCAUCAUCUUGAUGCUGGUCUCGAAGUGCCUGAUCAAUGGGAUCUUGAUGUUGAGCACCCCGAGACAAAGGGCAACAAUGUACAGAAAUAUCAAAACCAGCCUUUUGGUAUCACUGGUCCUAGAUCCUGA